AUGAAUUUGGUAUUUGCUGAAAUAUUUAAAGAAAGUCCUAUUUUUGAAAGAAUAUCUGAAGAGGCAGUUCGGAUUGUUAGUUUUUUCCAUAAAUCUGGUUAUUUUAUGGGUAAUCUUCGAGAUGAGCAAAUAAGGAUUUAUAAAAAAUCAAUAAAAUUGGCUUUACCUAGUGACACUCCAGUGGACAGAAGAACAACUAGAAAUAACAAACGUCGGCUACCUGAUGAUAUUGUAGAUAGUAUUAAUGAUCCAGUAUUUUGGUCAAAGCUAUUUUCAUUACAAAAUCUAUUAUAUCCUUUGUGUUGUUUUCUCAAUCAAUUACAAAAGGAUGCUGCAAGACUUUAUGAAGUGGUCCAUUGCUUUGCAUAUACAUUACACAUUUUUUCUAUGCAUCAUGAUUUGGACUUUUCUGAAAAAAUGGUUUCUAGAAUUGAAAAGAGGUGGAAGGGUUGGGAGCAACCAAUUUUGUUGCUUUCCAUUAUUCUUCAUCCUUCUUAUAAAUUAUCAAAAUUUAGACCAACUAUAAACAAUUUAUCAUGGACACAUGUUGGUCAGUGGUUGAAGUAUUAUUAUCAUGCCUUUUGUGGAAAACCAGCAACUAGUAUUUUAGCAGAAUUGAUUGAUUAUAGAAGAGGGAAUGAUCCAUAUGAUUAUGAUUCUUUUUUGCAAUUUAAAGGAAAUGUUUUGAAUUUUUGGGAGUCAACAAUUGGAGUUGGGCCUGAAUUAGCAAAAGUGGCUAUUCGUAUUCACGCUGUUUGUGUAAAUUCAGCCUCAGUAGAACGAUUAUGGUCCUCAAUGGGAUAUUUUCAUACUAAUAGGAGAAACCAAUUAUCACAUAAUAAAGUCCUGGCAAUGAGUCAGAUUCGUAGUAACAUUUUGUACCAACAGGAUUUAUUUGUAAAUGAAAACCAUGAAACAAAUGAUGAUGAUUUUUUGGAGAAUAACAAUGAAUCAGUGAAUUCUAAUUCUGAUGAAAAUGUGAAUCAAUGGAAUAUAAUUGUUGCUCAUUGGAGAGAUGAAGCAAGUCAAGAAAACCAAUUAGAAAAUCAUAGUGAUGAAAAAAAUAAUAAUUCAUACGAGAAAAAUGAAAAUCCAAAUGCUUCAAAUACAAGAAUAAUUCCAACUACUUUUCUAGAUCUACUUAAUAAUACUCUCGACGAUGCUGAUUUAGUUCAUUUGUUAGCUGAAGCUUCCAUAAAAGUAACCCCUGAAUUUACUGCUGCAACUUUGUCUGAUGAGGACGAAGAAGAGGAUACAAUAUUUAUACAUGAUGAUACUUUUGGCAACGAUAACGAUGAUUUAUCAGAUGAUGAGACAAAUCAACUUGCCGAUGAAAAUUUUGGACGAUUAUUAUCUCAAGCACAAGCAAUUGGAAGUGACCUUACUACUGGAACUGUAGCUCCACAUUUAUGGCAAAAUUUGGAACAAGAAUGGAGUGAAUUUAAUCAAGAUUUAAGACUUACCAGUGGAAUUGGUCCUCGAAAUCAUGCACUCCCACCAACUUUACGUGCUAAAGUAGGAGAAGCUAACCUGCAUUAUGUCAAUAGAGACUAUCCAAAAGCUAUUGAGGUGCUUCAAGAGGUAAUAAAAAUUGAUCCAAACAUUCAUUCUGCUUGGUUUACACUUGGAACAAUACAAGAUGAAAUUGGAUGUCCAGAAAAGGCCUUACAAUUGUAUUUGGUUGCUGCCCAUUUAACACCUCAUGAUGGUGCAUUAUGGAAAAGAUUAGAUCACAGUGCUGUACAUCAAGCUAUUUAUUGUUUCUCUAAAGCCAUAAGAUGUGAUCCUAAUGAUGCAAUUGAUGGUUUUACUGGAUUAUUAGAAAAAGUGCCACAUGAUAUGAAUAUAUUAAGAGAAAUAUCAAAAAUACAUGUACAAACAAGCGAAAUUCCUAAAGCCAUUGAGCUUUAUCUUGAUGCAUAUUCAUAUUAUCAAAAUCGUCCUUUUUAUGAAGAUGCUGAAGCAGAAGGCAGUUUUGGAUAUUCAGAAAUUAAUAUUAUGGCAGAACUCUAUAUGCUCAUAAAUGAUUUUGGCGGUGCAAUAGAGUUCAUUAAAUGUGGAGUCAGAUGGCUUCAAGGAAGAGAGGAUGAGACAUGGUGGAACAAUGUCAGCGAUGAUCGAGAAUAUGAUGAAGACGAAAAUGCUAAUCGGAAAGAUAAUUCUUUUAUUUUAGCUGGCGCUAGACGUCAAGGAGUUUUUAGUAGUGGUGGUUCAAAUGCACCAUUACCAUUGGAAUUAAGAAUAAAAUUAGGCAUAAGUAGAAUCUGUAUGGAUGAAUUGGAAGAAGGAAAAUUAUAUGAUGUUAAACAAUACAUUGAUUUAUAUUAUGAGGUGGCUGAAACUUAUGCUGAAAAAGGCUUAUUUGAAGAUGCAUUGACAACAUAUGAAGCUAUAUUGCUUAAUUCCGAGGUAAUUGAUUUGGGACUAUGUCAUAGAGAAUUAGGGAAUUUUGAAAAUGCUGCAGAAUAUUUUACCGCUGUUGUUGAAGAUUCACCAGAUAAUUUAGAUGCUAAAAUGUCACUUGCAGAGACUUAUGAAUUUUUAGGAGAAAAUGAAAAGGCAUUAGAAUUGGUAAAUACAGUCCUUGAAGCCCGUAAAUUUCAACGACAAGUAGCUGAAUCCACGCCAGUAAGGGAUCCCGUUGUAAUAUCAUUAUCGUCUUCUUCAAAUAGCAUGACUUUACAAGAAAAUCAACAGUACUCAUCAACAACCAUGAAUCAAAAUUCUGGGGAGCUUAUACACUCUAUAUCGAGAGAGACAAAAGCCAAUGACCUUGCAAGAUUAGAAGAAGAAAGGAAAAAACAAGAGUUAGAAAAGGAAAAAGAAACACAAAUUCUUUUUCAUAGAUUAGAUUUAUUGUAUCCAUGUUCAGUUAAUGGUGAUAAAGAAGCGUCUAAAGAAUAUCUUGAAACAGCAAGAGGUUUAAUUGAAGAUUGGCAAAAUAAUAGAGCAUUUUAUCCUCCAAGAAACAAGAUGGUUCCGUUUAGAGGAUAUGAUGUAAUAUCAUUAUCGUCUUCUUCAAAUAGCAUGACUUUACAAGAAAAUCAACAGUACUCAUCAACAACCAUGAAUCAAAAUUCUGGGGAGCUUAUACACUCUAUAUCGAGAGAGACAAAAGCCAAUGACCUUGCAAGAUUAGAAGAAGAAAGGAAAAAACAAGAGUUAGAAAAGGAAAAAGAAACACAAAUUCUUUUUCAUAGAUUAGAUUUAUUGUAUCCAUGUUCAGUUAAUGGCGAUAAAGAAGCGUCUAAAGAAUACCUUGAAACAGCAAGAGGUUUAAUUGAAGAUUGGCAAAAUAACAGCAUUUUAUCCUCCAAGAAACAAGGAUAUGAUCGAUGUAAAAGUUGGAGGGAAAAACUUUAUUAUGAAGAAAUUAAAGAAUUAAAAGAAGGAUAUGAUGCAGAUAUAGAAGAACAGGCAACCACAAUGGCGAAGAGGCUGCAGUGGAAUAUAGAUGGACAGUUAGGUGAACUUGAAGCUGAAAUACACAAGAAAAUGACAGAAUUUCAAGGAAUAACGUUUGAAAAAUGGUUUGAAUUUUUUAUUCAGUUUAUAAUUACAGCAACAAAAAAUGGGCAUGAGUCAGAAGCAUAUGAUGUUGUUAUGUUAGUAUCAAAGGCAAAUAUUUUUUACCAUAAUGAACGACACAAGACUACAUUCAAGGUGUUGUCACUAGCUUGGGGACUUUAUACAUCAAAUUAUAUAGUGGUUUGUGAAAGUGCAAGAUGGUUAUGUAACUUUAAGCCAUUCAAUAGCAACAUAUAUAAUUUAUAUAGCGCAUGUUUGGCAAGACAAAUAAAAGCAAUGGAUUCAGGCAUUUCUGACAGUUCUCCAACGAAACCUGAUGCUGGUUUGUUGACACUUUAUGGACAUAUUUUGGGAUGUUCAAGAAGUUAUAAUGGUGCUCUUGGGUAUUAUGCUCGAGCAGCACUUGUCAAACCAAAAGAUCCUCUUGUGUGUUUUUCUAUGGGUCUUGCAUAUUUACAUCGUGCUAUGCAAAGAAAAACAAGUAAUCGACAUUUACAAAUUUUACAAGGAUUCAAUUUUUUAUAUGAAUAUUAUGAAUUAAAAGGCAAAAAUCAAGAAGCUGAAUAUAAUUUAGGGCAUGCAUUUCAUCAAUUAGGAUUAACGCAUUUAGCUAUACCACAUUAUGAAAAAGCACUUAAAUUACCAUCAGUAAAUCAAAUUUUGAAACAAAAAAUUGAUAAAAAAAAACAAUUAGAAACUGACGAAAAUGAAGAAGUUGAAAAUUUCGAAGAAAAUGAUCCUACAGAUAUUAGAAAAGAAGCUGCCUAUAAUUUAUAUUUAAUUUAUAUGGAAACAGGAUCUCCAGCUUUAGCUCAAAUGAUGGUUCUGUCCCAAUAUCGUAAAACACCAUUAAGUCUUGUUGCACCUCAUGAUUGUAAAUCAGACUUACAUGGCAUCCUUUUCAUCACACUUAAAUUACCAUCAGUAAAUCAAAUUUUGAAACAAAAAAUUGAUAAAAAAAAACAAUUAGAAACUGACGAAAAUGAAGAAGUUGAAAAUUUCGAAGAAAAUGAUCCUACAGAUAUUAGAAAAGAAGCUGCCUAUAAUUUAUAUUUAAUUUAUAUGGAAACAGGAUCUCCAGCUUUAGCUCAAAUGUUAUUAAAAAAAUAUUGUGCAAUAUGA